AAACAACAUUACCUUGUAGACAUUUAACCUAACCUAAUAUACGUUAACAUUACUCGUUUUGUUAGCGCGAUAUUCGUAAUUGUAAACAUUAUUUGCCGUUUCAAUAAUAUUGACGUCCGAUUCGAUUCCUGACAUUAUUAAUCUCCGAACUCAAUUUUUUCAAAAUGGACGACCAAAGCAUCACAUUAGAUGUUAACCCUAAAGCAUAUCCUUUGGCUGACCAGCAGAUGACCACAAAAAUUUUAAACUUGGUUCAACAAGCAAUGAACUAUAAACAACUACGUAAAGGAGCAAAUGAAGCCACUAAAACUUUAAAUAGAGGUAUUUCUGAAUUCAUAGUUUGUGCAGCAGAUGCAGAACCUUUAGAAAUUUUGCUACACUUGCCUUUGUUAUGCGAGGACAAAAAUGUGCCAUAUGUUUUUAUCAGAUCAAAACAAGCAUUAGGCCGAGCUUGUGGUGUUUCAAGACCAGUCAUAGCGUGUUCCAUUACCACUGAUGAAGGUUCACAAUUACGGCCUCAAAUACAACAAGUUCAGACUGAAAUUGAGAGACUAUUGGUUUAAUUUUGUACAUAUUUUAACAUUUAUCAUACUGAAUUGGAAAUAAUAAUAAUACUACAUCAUUCAAA